UUUAUUUUUAUUUUUUUAUUUGGUUAUUUUCAAACAUUCCUUGGUUGCAAAAAUCAUAUUCUAUCCCUCCCUCUCCUCCCCCAGCCCCUCCCACAGCCAAUGUGCAAUUUCACUGGGUAUUACAUGUGUUCUUGAUCAGAACCCAUUUCUAUGUUGUUGGUGUUUGCAUUAAGAUGUUCAUUUAUUAUCUACAUCCCCAAUCCUAUCCCCUCAACCCAUGUAAUCAAGCAGUUGUUUUUCUUCAGUGUUUUUACUCCCACAGUAUUUCCUCUGAAUGUGAAUAGUGUUCUUUCUCAUAGAUGCCUCUGGGUUGUUCAGGAUCCCUGCAUUGCCACUAAUGGAGAAGUCCAUUACAUUUGAUUGUACCACAGUGUAUCAGUCUCUGUGUACAAUGUUCUCCUGGCUCUGCUCCUUUUGCUCUGCAUCACUUCCUGGUGGUUGUUCCAGUUCCCAUGGUAUUCCUCCACUUUGUUAUUCCUUUGAGCACAAUAGUAUUCCAUCACCAACAUGUACCACAAUUUCUUCAACCAUUUCCCAAUUGAAAAGUAUCCUCUCAUUUUCCAAUUUUUGGCCACCACAGAGUGCAGCUAUGAAUAUUCUUGUACGAGUCUUUUCCCUUAUUAUCUCUUUGGUCACCAGGAAUUUUAUGAAAGUCCAAAGAGAUUAAUUUACAAUUUAUUUACAAAAUAUGGAAAGAGUGAAGUUAGAAAGUGAGAGGAAAGGGUAAGAUAUCUAGCCUAAUCACUAAGUAUUUUGAGCUGACCCCUGGCUCAAAAACAGGCUGGGGAGUUUAGUUCUUAAUCAGAGAGGCCUCAGCCCUUGUAGCCAAGGACCUGGGGAUAUAGGGAGCCUCUCUCAAGAGGAUAGGUUUCUCCUCAGGCUAGUUAUUUCCUCUGCCUUCCUCCACUUUUUAUGUGGACAAAUCAUAGUCUAACACCUUGCUUAGGACUUCCCAGGAGGAAGUCUAUUCUGAUUUGUACACAUGGGUCACAAACCUCUUCCACUAAAUGAUUAAGUGGGAUGUUUACACUUUUGGUGAUUAGAUCUAAAAAUGGGCAGGGGAGUUAAUUUGAUUUUCCAAUCAGGGGAGAGUUAAAUUUAAUCUUUACAAUAACCCAGUGGAAACUUCUUGUUGGCUUUGGGGGGAAAAGGGGGGAAGAAAUAUGAAUCAUUUAACUAUGGAAAAAUAUUCUAAAGAAAAAAGAAAAAAAAGAAAAAAUAAGUGAAAAAUUAAAGUUACUAGAUAUCUAUAGAAAAGUGAAUAGGGAUAAAAACAAUAGACCUUCUUUUCAGCAGCACAUGGUACAUAUAAAAUGAUUGACCAUGUACUCGGGCAUUAAAACAUCAUAGACAAAUGCAGAAAAGCAGAAAUAAUAAAUUCAACUUUUUCAGAUCAUAAUGUGAUAAAAAGUAUAAUUAGUAAGGGUUCAUGAAGAGGCCAAUUAAUUGGAAAUUAAUUAAUCUAAUUAUCCAAAAUUGGUGGGUUAAAGAACAAAUAAGAGAAACAAUUACCAAUUUCGUGAAAAGAUUGACAAUGAGGAGACAAUAUAUCAGAAUUUAUGGGAUACAGCCAAAGCAGUGCUUAGGGAAAAAUUUAUAACCCUGAGUGCCUAUAGCAACAAAAAAGAGAAAGAGGAGAUCAACAAAUUGGACAUACAACUAAAAAAUCUAGGAAAAGAGCAAAUUAAAAAUCCUCAGAUAAAGACCAAAUAAGAACUUGUAAAAAUCAAAGGAGAAAUUAAUGCAAUUGAAAGUAAAGGAACUAUUGAACUAAUAAAUAAGACUAGGAGCUUGUACUGUGGGAAAAAAAAAAACAAAUAAAAUAAACUAUUGGUUAAUCUAAAUUUUUUUUUAAAGAAGAGAAUAGGGGGCAGCUGGGUAGCUCAGUGGAUUGAGAGCUAGGCCUAGAGAUGGGAGGUCCUAGGUUCAAAUCUGGCCUCAGACACUUCCCAGCUGUGUGACCCUGGGCAAGUCACUUGACCCCCAUUGCCUAGCCCUUACCACUCUUCUGCCUUGGAGCCAAUACACAGUAUUGAGUCCAAGAUGGAAGGUAAGGGUUUGAAAGAAGAAAAAAAAGAAGAAGAGAAUCAAAUUAACAAUAUCAUGAAUGAAGAGUGAUCUCACCUGUAAUGAAGAGGAAAUUUAGGCAAUUAUUAAGAGCUAUUUUGGUGUCUGUAAUGUAGGAGCCCAGGUACACAGCCCCCCUCCCCCAAGAUAAAAAUUAAUUUUCAAUAACUCCAGGUAUUAAAUAAGAUUUAGUAAUCCUGGGAAAAGAGAGCGAGGAGGGGUCACAAACUGUAUCUCCAAAAGGUAAGGACACAAUGUGAGAACAUGGGAAGCUGGGAUUUAGAGUUCUGGGGAGCAGAUUCUAAUUACACAGUCUCCAUCCUGUUCAGGUCCAUUCUGGCAGAAACUCCUAAACUCCCAAACUAGGUCCAGGGUCCGUCUUCUUGGUCAGCCUGAAGCCAGGGACCUGGAGGGAACAGCUUUUGUCCUGCCAUCUUGCCUGCUCCUCCCUCUUGAACACCUCUCGGAGCCCCGUGGACUGCCUCUGCUCCUGGGGACAACAAUCUUCGUUGGCCCAAUGCUGUCUUUCAGCCAGUCCAUUGAUCAGCACAAUGACAGAGGGGUGCAAGAAGGGCCUGCGAGAGGCUAACGGGGCCUCCUGGAGGCGAGUCUCCCCAGCAGGUAGUGUGGGGAGAGGAAGGGGUGAAGGUCUGGGAACCAGUCUGGAACCAGAACGUUUGGUUCUGGGCAUUUUCUUCAGAGAAGACUCUGUCCAUGGUUUUCCCUUAUCUGGAAAGGAGAAGCAGCUGGAAGGGAAACAGGGGAGCCGGCAGGGACUCGGCCAGAGAGGCAGGAAGGUCUCAGUUCAAAUCUGGUCACAAAGAACUCCACUGUGUGUGAUGCGGAUUAGACUGGAGGAACAGAAGGGAGAUGCGGAAGGAGAGGAGAGGGAGAGGCUCUCCCCAAAAUGCAGGGAACCACGGGCAGCGCAGAGGCCUCUGGGAAAUAGGAAGUCAAGAUCCUGCCCAGUCCACCCCUCCUCCUCCGCUUCCAAAGACUUUCUUGCUGGGGCUUGUUAGGGGGCGCUAUGGUGCAUAAGCAGCGCAGCCGCCUGGCAGUGUGGCCAACAGUGGCCAGGUGAGGCAGGCCGGCACAUGUGCCUUCCCCCACGGGUGUCUAAAACCUCGGGAUGGCCCCGACCCCAGGGAUUCCCUUCCUCACUCAGUUCACUGAGCAAGAGCCAGUCUGGAAGCGUCUUGUUGCUGGGGUAACCUGGGCGGGGAAACAUCUGAGGACAGGGGCGUGGUCAGAGGCAGCGGCCCGAGAGGGGCGGGACUUUCUCCUUUCUUCUUCCGGUGGCUCUUUUCUUCAGCGGACCCCCAGUAGGUCACACUCCUGGUUUAGGAGACUAACCCUAACUCUAACCCCGGGAUUCCGGCCACGCCCACAUUCUUUCACUUGGCGCCUCCCCAUCCUGCCCCGGAUGCACAGCCGUGGGCAGCGCAGAGGCCUCUGGGAGGCAGGAAGCCGGAAGCUGAGAUUGUGCCCAGCACACCCCGCCUCCUCCGCCUCCAAAGAGUUUCCCGCCUUGCCUCUGUAGCCCCGGCGAAAGAUUGGGGAGCCUGGAGCCCCAGGGAUGGCCUUUGAGAGGGACAGACUCCCAGGCCAGGAAUAUAAUGAAAAAGCAGUGGAAGAUGGAAACAAAAAUUCAAAGCGAAGCAGAUCAAUGGAGUAUGGGUGUCAUCUGAAGGAAAACCCUUGUUCCCUAGAAGUUUCUAUCACCAAAUUUGCCAAUCUAUUCAUAAAAAUGGUCAUUUUGGCACCCAGGGCAUUGUGGACUCUGUCAAGAAACUAUGGAUAGCCCCUGGUAUAACUACUACAGUCUCUAAAAUGAGUUCAGCCUGCUCUACGUGUCAAGCAUAAAACCAACAUGCAUUUCGUGGAAAAGCCUUUGGAGUCGGGCUUACACACCUUUUGAACAUCUGCAGAUAGAUUUCAUAACAAUGCCAAAGGCUGGACGUUAUAAGUUUUGUCUAGUCAUUGUAGAUCAAGUAACCAGAUGGCCGGAAGCAUUUCCUGCGACCCGAGCCACGGCAGAUUUUGUUACAAAGAUACUUUUAAAAGAAAUUAUUCCUUGCUUUGGACUGUCAGCACAUACUGAUUCAGAUAGAGGAAGUCAUUGUACUGAUUCUGUCCUAAACCAGAUAUAUUCUUGCUUGGGGAUAACUCCCAAAUUUCAUGUUCCAUAUCACCCCCAGAGCUCAGGCCAAGUUGAGAGGUUGAACAAAGAACUUAAAACUAUGAUUGGAAAAUUAUGCACUGAGACCCAUUUAAAAUGGCCUGAAAUUCUCCCUCUGGCCCUAUUUUAUCUUAGAAGCAGGCCUAGAGGAGACCUACACAUCUCACCAUUUGAGAUGCUUUUUGGACAUCCACCUAUACAGGCUAAACCCUUUUCCCCUGCAUCUACACCUCUCUUAAAUUUUCACGUCUACCAAUCACAGUAGACACUUUUUUCCAGGACUGCCCAUUCUUAGUUCUCACCCUCUUUGGUUUUCACCUUUUCCGGUUAGAUUAAAUCUUCUGCGUACUUCACACCUCUUUGUUAAGCUUGCCUUUUGUGAGUUACUUGACCUUUUGUGAUUAAUUUAACCUUUACAGGUACUUAACACCUUUUUGUAUUAGAUCUAAAAAUAGACCAAGCUUAAGGUUCUAGCUUCACUAUAUGGUAUGAGUUAAGUACCUUCAUUGUUUAAUCAGGCGUUUGCAACUUUUAUCUUCCCCUAAAAUAUGUCUAGUUAGGGUUGGAGUAAUUUUAAAGUUCACAUGGGAUUGAUGAACAUUUUGAGCCAAGACAAGAGGACUUGAACUUGUUUGGGGUUCAAGGUUGCGGCUGUUUAAGAUGUGUUAAACGCAGGUCUUCCUUGUCUCACAUUCUGCCGAGUAUCUCAAAUUUGGCUCCUACCUGGCUCCUAUAAUCGAGUCCCUUUUCUGUCUUUCAUAAUGUGGCAACUUUCUAUAGUCCUGGCUACUGAUUGGGUAAAUGCAUAAUUGCUUAAAUCAUUUGAAUUGGACCCUGAUUCAAGGACCUGUCAUAGAUUUGUUUUUCCUUUACUUAGAUUUUUUUUUUAGACAUAAGACGUUUACAUUUUUUAUUAUAUCCACAAGUUAUGUUUCCCUUUUAUUUGGAUUUUUUCAUGCUUUUGAUUUUCUUUUGCAAAUGGAUUCAUAUACCUCAUAACUCAGCCAUGCAUCCCUGAGUGAUCCCACUGUUUGUUAUUAUUCACCUCAUGGGGCCAAGUUACUGUUGUGGACAUUGAUUUAAAUUUGAGCCAUUUUAGGACAAGAGACUUGCCACCUCCCUGAACCCAGAAUGCCCUAUGAAGACAGAUGCCUGCAGAGAUCGCAUCCCGCACCAGAAGAUCCAGAGUGAACUUUGGGAGGUUGAGAUGCCUUUGUUGUACACUCCUAUUCCAAAGGGGACUGCCCCCAAAUUGGCUUUUUGCCAACCUAGUCGUCGUUGGUUUUGGUCACAGGCCUGAUGCCUGUAUACAGUGCUGGAGGCGGUGCUGGGCCUGGGACACUGUACACUGUCACACCUUGCACAGGCCCAUCACUACCGGGCAGCAGUCUACACAGUGCGGAAUCUCCUCCCCCAGAUCGCUGCUCACCAUGCUGACGUCUUCCAUGGUGCAACCAAAGAAUCCUUUGCACUUCAUUCUCGUGCAGUUAUUCUCAGAAUAAGGCUCCAAUAGUGCCAAGGAUUAUGUCACCGGACAUAAUACUGUACAUGAGAUGCCAAACUUUUCAUUGCUACCACAGACAGUACUCCAGGAGCACAGGACGCAUCUCACUGACCACCCAUGAAAGAGGUGCCCCUUCUGGAAGGGCAGUGGGGGCUGGAUAAAUGGCCCGUGGACCGUAGUUUGGGGACCCCUGAUUUAGAGCCUUUUUCCAGCAUCAUGUUCUUUCCCUCCCCUCCCCCCAAUCCCCUUCCAUAUCCGACGCACAAUUCCACUGGGUUUUACGUGUGUCUUUGGUCAGGACCUAUUUCCAUAUGUGAUGGAGGAAAUGGGCACAGGCAGAAGAAAUGACAUGCAGAGCAAGAAGAGCUCAAGAACACAUGGAACCCAGACUCAUGGGGAGGUGGUGACAUUCAAGGAUAUGGCUGUGGACUUCACACGGGAGGAGUGGCGCCUCUUGACCCCUCCCCAGAAGGAGCUCUACAAGGAGGUGAUGCUGGAGAAUGUCCGGAACCUGCUCUCUGUGGGAUUUGCAGUUCCCGGAGAUGUGACCUCUUAUUUGGAGCAAAGGGAAGCCCCGUGGCUGCUGGAGCAGGAAGGCCUGAGGAGCUGCAGUCCAGUAUUUCUUUCAGGAGAUAUCAGCCCUGAAAUGAAAGUGACUCCAAUAGAUACCAGCCUUUGUGUGGAAGAAAGUGACAGACAAAGAUUCAUGAGUGAUGGUCCUGAUAAAUUACAUUGGAGAGAAUUGUUUGUUGAAUCCCAAAAUUCAACCCUUAUUGAAUGUCAAAUGAUGCACACUGAGCAAAAAUGUAAUGAGUGUAAUCAGUGCAGAAAGACAUUCUGUCAGAGGUCUGGUCUUGCUAUACAUCAGAGAAUCCACAUUGGGGAGAAGCUUAAUAAAUGCAAGCAAUGUGGAAAGACAUUCAGACUGAGAUCCAGUCUUGCUCAACAUCAGAGAAUCCACAUUGGGGAGAAGCCUUAUAAAUGCAAGCAAUGUGGAAAAACAUUCAGACUGAGAUACAGUCUUGCCCAACAUCAGAGAGUCCACACUGGGGAGAAAGUUUAUGAAUGUAAGGAAUGUGGAAAGAUAUUCUGUGAGAGAUAUUUUACAGUACAUCAGAGAAUCCACACUGGGGAGAAACCUUAUGAAUGCACUGAGUGUGGAAAGGCAUUCUGUCAGAGGUCUGGUCUUGCUAAUCAUCAGAGAAGCCACACUGGGGAGAAACCUUAUGAAUGCAAGGAAUGUGGAAAGACAUUCUGUCAGAGGUCUGGUCUUGCUGUACAUCAGAGAAUCCACACUGGGGAAAAACCUUAUGAAUGCAAGCUAUGUGGAAAGACAUUCAGACUGAGACCCCGCCUUGCUGGACAUCAGAGAAUCCACACUGGGGAGAAACCUUAUAAAUGCAAGCAAUGUGGUAAGACUUUCAGACUGAGAUCCAGUCUUGCUCAACAUCAGAAAAUUCACACUGGAGAGAAACCUUAUGACUGCAAGCAAUGUGGAAAGACAUUCAGACUGAGAUCCAGUCUUGGUCGACAUCAGAGAAUCCACACUGGGGAGAAACCUUAUGAAUGCAAGCAAUGUGGGAAGACAUUCAGUCGGAGCUACAGUCUUGCUCAACAUCAGAGAAUCCACACUGGAGAGAAAGUUUAUGAAUGUAAAGAAUGUGGUAAGAUAUUCCAUGAGAGCUAUUUUGCUGUACAUCAGAGAAUCCACACUGGGGAGAAACCUUAUGAAUGCACUGAGUGUGGAAAGGCAUUCUGUCAGAGGUCUGGUCUUGCUAAUCACCAGAGAAGUCAUACUGGGGAGAAGCCUUAUGAGUGUAAGCAAUGUGGAAAGACAUUCAGUCAGAGAUCUGGCUUUGCUGUACACCAGAGAAUCCACAUUGGGGAGAAACCUUAUGAAUGCUAUGAAUGUGGAAAAACAUUUUGUCAGAAGUCUGGUCUUGCAAAUCAUCAGAGAAUUCAUACUGGGGAGAAACCUUAUGAAUGCAAGGAAUGUGGUAAGACAUUCAGUCAUAGGUCUGGCUUUGCUGUACAUCAGAGAAUCCACACUGGGGAGAAACCUUAUGAAUGCAAUGAGUGUGGAAAGACAUUCAGUCGGAGUUCUAUUCUUGCUGUACAUCAGAGAAUCCACACUGGGGAGAAACCUUAUGAAUGCAAGGAAUGUGGGAAGACAUUCAGGCAGAACUCCAGUCUUGCUUUACAUCAGACAAUCCAUACUGGGGAGAAACCUUAUGAAUGCAAACAAUGUGGAAAGACAUUCAGUCUGAGCUCUCGUCUUGCAAUACAUCUGAGAAUCCACACUGGGGAGAAACCUUAUGAAUGCAAGGAAUGUGGAAAGACAUUCAGUCAGAGCUCCAGUCUUGCUUUACAUCAGACAAUCCACACUGGGGAGAAACCUUAUGAAUGCAAACAAUGUGGAAAGACAUUCAGACUGAGAUCCAGUCUUGCUGUUCAUCAGAGAACCCAUAUUGGGGAGAAACGUUAUGAAUGUGAAUGUUAAAGGGAUUUUCUUAAUUUCUUCCUCUGUCUCUUUAUGAGGCUAGAGAGCAGGAUUUCUCAUUAGAUCAGAAGUGACAGGAGUCAGUGAGCCACAGCUGAAGAUACAAUUACCAGGUAGAUUAGGACCGAGGGGAGGUAUUAGACUGCUCUCUGACAUAAAGUGAGGGGGUACAGUUGGUCUGUGAGAGCAGAAAUGAAGCAGCCAUGAACAGUUGAGGUUCUUUUACCUCUGGGAUCUCUAGAGAGCAGGAGGAUUGCAUCUGAGUCAAGGGGCUAUUGAUAGUUGGGCUGCUUUAGAAAACUGACUGAAAUAGUGAAUUACUUGUGGCUGUCUGUUAUUUUAAAGAGUUGGGUAUUAAGUGAAUAAUUUACAGAUAGAGUAGAAUAUAUUAGGCCUGGUGUGCCAGGCAGGAGAAUCUGUCCUGAGUAAAAAUAAAUUUUAGGAAAUUUUAGGUAGUAUUGGGCAUUUUAGGUACAUUGAUAGGGUAUAAGAUUAAUCAUCUCUUUGCUAUUUUCUAUUUUCUAUCUACUUUUUUCUUAAAUUAAAGUUUCUGUUGAACAUC